UUCUCUCAACUGUCGAUGUGUCCGGGCAGACGUUCCCAUGUUUUCAUUUUAACUUCUAAUCUGUUUGUGUACCCGGAACACAAUAUCCAGAUUGAAUACGUGUUUAAAGCUAGUGAAACUGGACAAAAAUACAAAUUUAUCAUUACUAAAAACUUUUGAAUUACCGAAAACACUAUUAGGUACUUAGAACAAAAGUUUGUUAACAAUCUGAGAAAAGUUUCAAUUGCCACGACGGUGGUGCGGAUUCUGCUAACCAGCGAAUCCACAAACACGAUGUCGGUUACGGAGUAUGUCCAGCUGGCACUAUUAUUCGGCUCCGGCUUCAUAUUUUUCCUAUUGAUUGUGGUAGGAAUCAUCCUAAAGGUAACAACCACACCUUUUCCGCACAUUGUCCGUCACAAAGAGGAGGAGCAUUUCUUAGACUCAGUCACGGAUGAAAAGAAACGCUUCCCUUCGCUUGAAGAUCAACCAACCUUAGAACUUAGCGUGAUUGUCCCUGCGUUCGAUGAAGAAAAACGACUACCGGUGAUGCUGGACGAAUGCCUUGAAUAUCUUGAAUCAAAAACCAAAUCGAAGAAAUCAUUUUCCUACGAGGUGAUUGUUGUCAGCGAUGGCAGCCGAGACAAAACCGUCGAAGUUGCACAAAAAUAUUCCGCAAAGUAUGGAUCUGAUAAGGUUCGGGUGAUGGCUCUGGUACAGAACCGUGGCAAAGGUGGAGCUGUUCGAAUGGGGAUGCUCAGUGCUCGGGGUCGAUUUCUUCUGUUUGCCGAUGCGGACGGGGCGACAAAGUUUCCCGAUUACGCCAAACUUGAGCAGAGUAUGGUGGAACUGUGCGGGAACGACCACACCAAAGAUGCCAUCGCCAUCGGUUCCCGCGCUCAUUUGGAGCAGGAGGCUACCGCUCAACGAACCCUCUUCCGGACGAUACUAAUGCAUGGGUUUCACUUUCUGGUAUGGGCAUUCGCCGUCAAACGAAUUCGCGACACGCAGUGUGGCUUCAAGCUGCUGACCAGGUCAUCCGCACGGAAGGUAUUCUCCGUGAUGCAUGUCGAGCGGUGGGCAUUCGACGUGGAGCUUCUCUUCAUUGCACAAACGUACAACAUUCCGAUUGACGAGAUUGCGGUUCGCUGGACCGAGAUCGAGGGGUCGAAGUUAACACCGUUCUGGUCGUGGCUACAGAUGGGGCGGGAUUUGAUUUUUAUCUGGUUCCGCUAUGCGAUCGGAGCGUGGCAGCUGCGGAAAGAACACGUAAACUGAAUGAUCUCAUUUUAUUCCCGAUUGGCUUUAGACCGAUGAAUGCUGCGAGUGGUUUUACUUAAAAUUGCAUUUAUCUUUUUUAAUAUAUGAAACUUGCAUCGAAAAAAAAACUCCCAACAAAUUUAUCCCGCACGAUUUUUAUUUUAUUGGUGAAAUCAAGAUAAAAAUCGUGUUGCAAUUAGGAUUGUUUUUAUCAUAAAGUGCAUUUAUCCCUAUCGUCGAGCAACAGUGCUCACUUCGUUUACACCAUUUGCGCUGUUUUCCGUUGGAUAGAAUUAGCGCACAUCAUGGUAUUCCUAUUGGAGAUGAUGCUUAUGAUAAAAGAACUACAUUAUUGGACAUAUAUUCUAAUUAUUAAAAUAACAAGAAUAAGUGUUGUAAGUGAAUAUUGAAGUACAGAACAGUGUUUAAACUGAAAAA